GUCAGCUUACAAAAGUCUCGAUAACUUUUUAUUGAAUAAAAGAUGGCGUCCAAAGAAGAUAAUAUUUCUACUGAAAAUCCAGGACGGCGAACUCGUUCCGGUAGAAAAGUUGUCGCACCUCCAUUGACUCCAACACCAGCACGAUCUACUAGACGUACGAAAAAAUCAAUCCAAGAACAACAGGUUAUUGAUGUUGAAGACGAAGACGUUCAAAUCUUAGAAAAGGAUACGAAUUCCGUGGAAGAACAAUCAGAUAUCAUAAAAGAAAUGCUGGAAGAAGCAGCACAAGGUGUUAUCAUUGACAACCCGGACGAAGAUGGGGAUCAAAUAAUUUUUGAGGAGCAAAUAGUAGAAACAGAAGAAAUAAUUGAAGAAAUUCCACAAGAUGAUGAUUGUGUUGUAUACGAGGAACAAAUAGUUGAAGAAGAUCAACAACCAAUUGACGACGACAUUGAAAUGUUUGCUGUUCAAGAAGAAGAACAAAUUAUCACAGAAGUGCCCAUAACAUCUGAAGGUGGAAUUGACGAGAAAAGUUCAUCAUUUCCAUUCGGUCCAGCUGGCGAACAGUCUGAAACUUCGGAAGAAAUACAAAAUGAAGACGGAACGAAUGAAACUGGCGCCGUAGAAAGUUCUUUACUAGCAUCAUUGGCGGGCGACAACGCAAACAGCUUGCCAUCGGUAGGGGGUGGUGAAGAAAAUGAAGUUAAAAAGGACGAUUUUGAGACAAAGGUAUCGUCUAUAGGAGAAAAUUGCGAAAAAAUGGAAUCAGAGGAUUCUCUAUCUGAACCAGCAAUAGCUGAGGAUAUUGGUACAGGUGCGGAUGCAAGUAAUGCGACAAUUGUAAACACAGAACUUGUUUCUGAAGACGAGUUGCCAUUACCAACAAAACCCGAAAUAAAUGACGCAGAAGAGGUCUCUGACGAUGAACUUCCUGCACCUCAACGUGCUGAAUUACCUGCAGAUGCUGAAGUAAUAUCGGAGGAUGAACUACCAACUGCUGCUUCACAAACUGAUAAAAAAUCUCCACCUGUAUCACCCCAAACUCCUGUGAAAGGCAAUGUCCCAGAAUCUACGCCAUCUAAAGAAUCUAUUGGUCAAAAACGUAAAGCUCAUGAUGAGGAAAAAACUGAAGUAAAACAAGAAAAACAACGCAAAUUAGAAGAAUCAAAGAAACGGAGCGAUGAGCAAUACAAUCCUAUGAGUCCAACAUCGGAAAGCAAUGAUGCCAUCCCUGUUGUUACAGAGGAUAGGAAAAUAGCAGAAACAGUUGCAGAAAGUGAACACAAAGAUAGAAAGAAGGAAAAAGCGAAGGAUCGUGAGCGUGAACGUGAGAAAGAUAAAGAAAAGGAGAAGGAUAAAGAAAAGGAACGAAAGCGCUUACCAGACUUAGAUAAAUACUGGCGUGCAGUGAAAGAGGAUCCAGCCGAUUUCACUGGUUGGACAUACUUGUUACAGUAUGUAGAUAAUGAGUCCGAUGCCGAAGCUGCACGUGAGGCUUACGAUGCAUUCCUCUCACACUACCCAUAUUGCUAUGGAUAUUGGCGCAAAUAUGCUGACUACGAGAAACGCAAGGGUAUUAAGGCCAAUUGCAACGCGGUAUUCGAACGUGGUCUCGAAGCGAUCCCACUAUCUGUUGAUCUGUGGAUUCAUUACUUGGCACAUGUGAAGAGCAAUCAUGCCGACGAUGAAGCGUACAUUCGGUCACAAUUCGAACGCGCUGUGGAUGCAUGUGGUUUGGAGUUUCGUUCUGAUAAAUUAUGGGAUGCCUACAUAAAAUGGGAGAGUGAAUAUAAAAAUUAUCAAAAAGUUGUAAAGAUUUACGAUCGUUUAUUAGCCAUUCCAACGCAAGGCUACAGUGGUCAUUUCGAUAAUUUCCAAGAUUUAAUAAAUCAACACUCAAUUACGAGCACCAUAUCCCCCGAAGAACUAUUAAAAAUUCGCACUGAUUUACGUGAUAGCAAUGCAGGGCGUUCCUCAUCCUCUCGUUCGAAGAGUCGUCGUAGCGAAUCUAGAGAUAAAGAAAAGGAAAAGGACCGUGAACACCGCGAUGAAAAGAGAGACGAUGAAUCCGGUAGCAAGUCUCCAAAAGAAGAGGACGCAAAAACGCCAGUAGCUACAAAUAGUGAGCCAUUAGGCGAAGAAUCCGAAACAGGAGCAGUUGCUAGUCAAGUAGAACUCAGCGAUUCGAGUAAUAUCACAGAAGAGGAGGAGACCGCCAUAAAAGACAAAAUUAUAUCAAUUCGACGCAAAUUGCAUAAGAGCACAGUUGCUGCAGUAACCGCUCGCUGGACCUUCGAAGAGGGCAUUAAGCGUCCAUAUUUCCACGUGAAACCGCUUGAACGGUGUCAGCUAAAGAAUUGGAAAGACUAUCUCGAUUUUGAGAUUGAAAAGGGUGAUCGUACACGAAUUUUAGUGCUUUUCGAGCGUUGCCUCAUUGCAUGUGCACUGUACGAUGAAUUUUGGUUGAAAAUGAUACGUUAUCUUGAGACACAAUUGGAUCAGCCUGGUAUUGCGGCCAUUACAAGUGAUGUAUAUAGACGCGCCUGCGAAAUACAUCAUCCUGACAAACCGAGCCUCCAACUAAUGUGGGCGGCAUUUGAAGAGUGCCAAAGUAAUUUCGACCGUGCUGCAACGGUAUUAGAAAAUCUGGAAAAGAAAUGUCCAAACCUGUUACAGGUCGCAUAUCGGCGAAUAAAUGUCGAACGCCGACGUGGCGAUAUGAGUAGAUGCCGUGAACUAUACGAGCAUUAUAUUAAUUCGGCAAAGAAUAAAACCAUUGCCGGCAGUUUAGCUAUUAAAUAUGCACGAUUCUUAAAUAAAAUUUGUGAAGAUCUCGAUGGUGGUUUGCGCGUGCUACGUCAAGCGCUAGACAAAGAUCCGGCCAACACACGGGUCGCUUUGCAAAUGAUAGAUUUGGUUUUGCAGCGACCCAAGGUGGACGAAGAUGAAGUUGUGCUAAUUAUGGAUAAAUUUAUGGCACGUGAAAAUAUGGAUCCUGAGCAAAAAGUGCUUUUUGCGCAACGUAAGGUUGAGUUCUUGGAAGAUUUUGGUAGUACAGCGAAAGGUCUACAAGAUGCACAACGUGCACUGCAGAUCGCGUUGAGCAAGGCAAAUGAAGCGAAGAAGAAACGUGAAUCCAGUCCAUCACGAAAAUCAUCAUCCAACAGCAAAGAUGCAACAAUUUCGAAUGCUGCUAUAACCUCUGCGUACAAUAACGGCACUACUGCUACAGCCUCAAAUUACAAUUACAAUUCAGCAAACUCGGCCUAUUAUGGCCAACAAAAUAGCGGUGCUUACACAGCGCAGCAAUCCUACGAUGGCUACUACAACCACUGGCAGUAUGGCUCCAAUUAUAGCAAUUAUGGACAAUGGAGCGGCUAUGGAAAUUACUAUUAAAAACAGAUGUGGGCGUAGAAAAUAUUCCUUACAACAUUUUAUAUGUUAACGUUCGGCGCGCCGCCUCAUUACCAAAUUGAUUAUUAAUAUUAAAUAAAGAAAUUUAAUAUAAUUUUUAUUAGUUCUAAUGCUAUAAUGAAUCACUAUGUGUACAAUUUUAAAACUUUGUUGACCAAGAAAAAUACAAUAUACAUACGUUUUAUACACAAUUUUCUGGUAUGCAAUGCAUUCAAAUACUUUAUACGCAUAUACUAUCAUACAUACAUACACGUAUGUGAAUGGAAAAAUGUAAGCAGGCUGCUUAUUAAACGGAAAAGUUUUCAAUAAUUUGGCUUACACAAAUGAGAGAAGGGCAUGACGUGUGAUGACUGGGUGUACUUUGAAACAGGAUAUAUAAUUUUAUUAAUGAAUAAUAUUUAAGAAAAAGGAAAAACUUUAACUGGACAAUUGUAAAAUUAGUGAACUUUAUUCAUUAAAUGUGGAUCUUAUUUUUUUUUUUUUAUUAUUUUGUUUUGAUCAUUGUUGUACACACACCCAUGCAUACUCAUUUAAAGGAAUCAAUGAGAAAAUACAUGUGAAAAAUUCUUAUUCAGCACACACUGUUCAAUAGACUACUUACUCAUCUUCAUACAAUUCUGUACUCACCUCACUGUGCUCAGCAUUACACCAAUCUCUAUAUAAUGAGUUUUUUGAUUUGUGAAUAUGGAAAAUAAAAAAUUAAAACAAAUAAAAAA